AUGGUCCCGAAGACGUUGGUUCUGAAAGGGUCUUUGCUGGGAACAUUUGACUGGCUGCACGACGCGAAUGGAAUCAGGUUUCUGGCGUCACCUGGAACUUGGCCAGUGGAGGCAGCGUCCUGGCAGUCGGUAAACGACUUCGUAGAGGCCCUGUUCACGGGUGGGGAUAAGCGCAUAUAUACCGACAACCCAGAGGCGACUAGACGUGAGUUGCUUGACGCACUGGGAGCACAGAUGUUCGGCGCGUCGAGCCUGAUGGUCGCUGACCUGCCAGUCGCGGAUCCGGCGGCCGCAAAGACGGAGUUGGUGUUCUCGAAAGUCCUAACGAAGAGCGAAAGUGCCGAAAUCUCAAAUCAGAUGCCAGUCGAAUGGGGGUUUAGCACGAGCGCCAGGGUUGAAGAUGGGUUCAUCGCGACAAACGAGGAACGGCUAAAUGAGGAGAUGCGGGAGCUGCGGGAGUUGCUCAGAUCCUGCGCCGAGCGUGAUGGCAUCGACAUUAUUGUGGAGGGCAGACCGCGAUCAACGGGGGCCAAAGUCAGCAAGUUCCUGGGUGAAAUUAACCCUCUUGUACCGACGUUCUGCACUUCCUGGCUCCUCCUUGCUGUCUUCCUUGUCUACUGUACAGUCCAUGCGGUCGAAAAGCACUACGAAUAA